AGCGGCCGCACAUCUUUACAGGCGGAGCAGCGGCUGCGCGCGGAGGAAGGCGCUGCCCAGGCGGGAACUCCGAAAAAUGGCGCAGCGCCGCCGGUCGGGCCAGAGUCGCUCUUUCGAGGUCUGGGGGCUCUUGCAGCCGCUGAAAACGGAGGAAGGAAAGGCGGCUCCCGAGGACGAAGAUGCAGAGAGCAACGACGACGAGGACGACGACCCGGACCCGGAGGGUUUCGAAGAUGUUUUCGGUGGCGCGAACCAGCAGCCGCUUCACAGACCAGCGCGCAAGACCCUUAUAAUUCAGGAGGAAGCAUCCCAAAAGACAUACAAAGUGAUUGGACGGUUUCCAUUGGUUGAUCCCUGGUGGAAAGUGAAUGCCAGACUUAUGCAGUCUCAAUCAAAGUACUAUAUGAAGAGCAGCCCAUCUUAUUUUCUGCAGCCUGUAGCGGGGGAAGUUAUUAUUUCACUGUUCUUUAAAAAAUGUGGUGUCCCACCAUUAUUUAAAGAUGCAUUCUUUGAAUGGUUUCCUAAAGAGUCUUCUCUAAACUUUGCACAUCUUGAAAAAACACUGAAACAGUUUCAGGAGUCAAAGCUUCAGGAAGGAGCGAUAUCUACAAAUACCCAAAGUCAACCUUGUACAGAUACCAAAAACUUUAACAUUUUUCAUUAUGUUAAGGAGUCAUUUGCAGGGAAAGCUGUACUAGUAGCCUUGUCCUUUCCGAUUAUAUUGGAAUUAAUGCCGCUGCUUCUGCCACGAGCUGUUUCUUGUUGCAUUGAAAAGUUGGACUGGAGCAAAAUACACGCUGAAGAUUAUACAUUGACAAUAUUGGAUAAGAUCUUGAGGGAAGAGCCAUGGAAACUUGGAUUCGGAGAAAUUAUGAAAAGAGAGCUGCAUACUUACUUUGGUGAAGCAUCUUGGAAGACCAUAUGCGAGUGCAGACAUAUUCUUGAGAAGAUUCCCGAUUUGCAGAAGAAUGCACUAAUGGUAUAUGAAAAGCUCAAACAGAGCUGUGCAGAAAUGGGACAUACAUAUGAAGAACAGCAUGAACUGACACGUAUGGUAUCAGAGAAUAUGCCCGUGGAACAUGCCUGGGAAUCAAUUAAAUUUAUGAAAGAUGAAAAAAUUGUGGUUACUGAGAAAGAGCUUGUUUUCCUUCCCCAUUUGUUCAAUUCUGAAAAGCAAAUUGCAACUUCUGUACGCGAGCUCAGAAAUAAAACCCCAUGGCGGCUGCGUGCCGAUCCGAAAAAAGUACUUAAUAGAAGUGUACAUGCAACUAACUUGAGAGACGUAUUUGCUAAGAGUGAAAUAAACGAUGAGGAACCUUGCGCAGUGGACCAGAAGGAGCCUGGCAAUUCCUCAGGUGUGCAAGAAAACUCUAACCAUGAUUCCGACUUUGAAGAACCCGAGAAGGAAUUGAAACGCAAAGUAGAAGUAGAUCCAGAUCAGGAACGUGCUGUAGAACUGAUCUGUUCCAAUCCAGUGACAAUCGUAAGUGGGAAAGGUGGUUGUGGGAAAACAACAAUAGUUACCCACCUUUUCUGCUAUCUAAGUGAGGGAGAAAAUACGGAAGUUAUAAAUGCCUGUAAAGAUUUUGAAGCGGACCUCGAUGCAUCUGAAGAAUGGAAUACUUUCGGCCAUGCUUCCAACAUGAUUCAAUGCAGAAAUGAAUCUUUAAAUGUUUUAUAUACAGCACCUACAGGGAGGGCAGCUUCUCUCUUGUCUGAUAAAACAGGACGACCUGCUUAUACUCUGCAUCAGGUUACCUACAGUUUCUCUAAAUGGAGUGAAAGUAAACGCAAUCCAUGGAAAUUUUCUUCAGUAAAUGUCUUGGUUGUAGACGAAGGAAGUAUGGUGCCUGUGAGAAUGCUUAGCAGGGUUUUACAACUCUUGUUGCAGCAUGCCCGGCUGGCAAAGAUCAUUAUUCUUGGUGAUGUUAGGCAGUUACCCAGCAUUGAGCCUGGUAAUAUGCUGGCUGAUAUUUUUGAGAGCCUUCAGUCAAGGGGCUGGUCUAUAGAACUGAAAACUAACCACAGGGCUGAGUCACAGUUAAUUGUGGAUAAUGCAACAAGAAUCUCUAAGCGGAUAUACCCAGAGUUUGAUGAAGUGCUCAGAAUGUCAGAAGAGAACAAAACGUGGGCAGUGCCAAGUGCUGAAAAGAAAUUUAUUUUUGUUGUUUUACCUCCUGGAGAUGCCGCUCACUAUUUGCAGUAUGCCAUCGAAUCUUUGCUUAAAAAUGGGCCGGGACUCCAAGAUCCUGAGCAGUCACAGUUCAUUGCUUUCAGAAGGAAGGACUGUGACAUCAUAAAUGAAAUCUGCUGUAAGCACUACUCAGGACACACAACGCGAAACCAUAAAAAUCGGCUGGAAUUUAGGCUUGGUGACAAAAUCUGUUCCACAAGGAAUGCGUAUAUGAAAGAUCUUAUCGCAAUGGACUCCGUUACUUGCACAAAGAAUGUUAAAGGCGCUGGGAGUUCUGAUCCUUGCACUUGCAAAGUCUGCUCAAGAAGGGAAGCUCGUCUCUCGGGUCGUGACGCUGAUGCUGAUGAUGACCGUAAUAACAGUUACGAUGAUAGGCGGUUGUGCAAUGGAGAAAUAUUCUUCAUUAAAGAGGAUAAGGAAGUCGAUGGUUGCCGUUUCCUGACUAUUGGCAUAACUGAUGGGCCUGAGUAUGUCAUGCAUUACAAAGCCCUCCAGAAACACUCUAAGAUAAAGCAUGCCUGGGCCAGAACUAUUCACACAUUUCAGGGUUCUGAGGAAAAUACUAUUGUAUAUGUUGUUGGCGAUACACCUCGCCAGAAUUGGCAGCAUGUAUACACAGCUAUCACUAGAGGACGUUGCCGAGUCUAUAUUAUUGCUGAAGAAGACAAACUCCAAGCGGUCAUUAAGAAAAAGAGUUUCCACAGGAAAACACAUUUAAAAGCUUUCAUGAAAGAUGCACAUUCCGAGCAAACAUCACCUCAGAAGAUCUGGCAGAGUCAGCAAGAGAAUGACACGUGUGACGUUGCUUCUCAUUCUGGAAAUAAUCAAGGGGAACCUGCUGUUUCUCUUAAAAUGGAAGUUGAUGAUGCAGUUGUUGAACCGGCUGGUACUGCAGAGGAAACUUCGGGUGAACUCAAAAGGCAAUCUACAUUUCUAGAUGUUUGCUCAAGUCCUUCAAAAGUACGUUUGGUAAAAGAAAACACCUCCCCGCUUGCAACUACCAAACUUCAAAGCUUGACACUGAAGAGUCCACAUGCCAAGCAGCUUUUCCCACCCUAGCAAGUAUAUUCUAUAACUAGAUGUUUCAUGCUCUGCUACGUCUUUGCUUUUUUUAGACUAUAUUUAGAUAGAACAUAUUUAGUGUUCGUGGAGGUUUUGCAGCUUCAAAGAGUAUGACUUUUUACUCUGUUUUAACAAACGUAAUGCAGUUAUAUUUAAAUACUUUUUCCAGCUUUUUAAAAUCAGAGGACCUAUUUUUAAAUUGUAUAUCUAUAUCUAUAUAUAUCAAGUAAUUCUGGUUUGUACGCCUGUGUUUUAAGUGGCCUUCGUUUCUAGUAAAUGCUGUUUGGCUUUUGUUUUCAUCAGCCAGUUAGAGCAGGGGU